CGGUGCCAAGCGGUGCCCUGCCAGCGUUGCUCGCCUCGUGCCCAGGUUUGGCUGUGGGCAGGAGGCGUAGUUGAUGCCGUUUCCGUGUCUCUCUGCAGUGCUGAUGCUGCCGCAACAUGGCCAAUGAGAACCACGGCAGCUCCAGGGAGGAGGCUGCCCUCAUGAGCCACUCUCCUGGCACCUCCCACCAGAACCAGCCGAGCUCCCCCAAACCCGCCCGUCUGGUGCAGGAUUUGCCAGAUGAGCUGGUGCAGGCAGGCUGGGAGAAGUGCUGGAGCAAGCGUGAGAACCGGCCGUACUACUUCAACCGCUUCACCAACCAGUCCCUCUGGGAGAUGCCACUGCUGGGGCAGCAUGAUGUCAUUUCGGACCCUCUGGGUCUGAAUGCCGCCCCCGUGCCUGCCGAUGGGGGAGCCGGCGAAGCGGCCGCUGCUGCAGAAAGCAGGUUGUGGAAACGGAAGCUGUCUGAGGAGGGCCAGCCCAGCGGCAACCUUGCGAAAAAGGCCAAGGUGGAGGUGCCGGGAAACCCCGCAGCUCAGCCAGCCCCAAACGUUUCCAGCACUCCCGGGACGCCGCUGUUGAAGGCGUGGGGCGUCUCUCCCGAAGAGAGGCAGGCGGCUCUCUUGCGACCAACCGAAGUCUACUGGGACCUGGACAUUCAGACCAACGCCGUAAUUAAGCAGCGGGCCCCGUCGGAAGUGCUGAGCCCUCACCCGGAAGUGGAGCUGCUCCGGUCCCAGCUGAUGCUGAAGCUGCGGCAGCAUUACCGGGAGCUCUGUCAGCAGCGGGAAGGAAUCGAUCCCCCCCGAGAGUCCUUCAACCGCUGGAUGCUGGAGCGGAAGGUGGUGGACAAGGGCUCGGACCCUCUGCUGCCCAGCGACUGUGAGCCCGUUGUGUCUCCCUCCAUGUUCCGAGAAAUCAUGAACGACAUUCCCAUCAGAUUGUCCCGAAUCAAGUUCCGAGAAGAAGCCAAGCGGCUGCUUUUCAAAUACGCGGAAGCUGCAAAGCGGCUCAUUGAGUCCAGGAGCGCCUCUCCAGACAGCCGGAAGGUGGUGAAGUGGAACGUAGAAGACACCUUCAGCUGGCUGCGGCGGGAUCGCUCGGCCUCCAAGGAGGACUACAUGGACCGGCUGGAGCACCUGCGCAAGCAGUGCGGCCCCCACGUCUCCGCCGCCGCCAAGGACUCGGUGGAGGGCAUCUGCAGCAAGAUCUACCACAUCUCCCUGGAGUACGUCAAGCGCAUUCGCGAGAAGCACCUGGCCCUCCUCAAGGAACACAGCAUCUCCGCUGAGGUGGAACCUCCCGACGUUCAGGACCGGCUGGUGUACUGCUACCCGGUGCGGCUGGCCGUCCCGUCGGCCCCCCUGCCCAGCGCGGAGAUGCACGUGGAGAGCGCCUUGGUCUGCGUGCGCUACAAGGGCGAGGUGCUGAAAGUCAGCCGCAGCUACUUCAGCAAGCUGUGGCUGCUCUACCGCUACAGCUGCAUCGACGACUCCGGCUUUGAGCACUUCCUGCCGAGGGUUUGGUGCCUUCUGCGCAGGUACCAGAUGAUGUUUGGCGUCGGGCUCUACGAGGGCACCGGCCUGCAGGGGGCGCUCCCGGUGCACGUCUUCGAAGGCCUCCACAAGCUCUUUGGGGUGAGCUUCGAGUGCUUUGCCUCCCCCUUGAACUGCUACUUCAAGCAAUACUGCUCGGCCUUCCCGGACACCGACGGCUACUUCGGCUCCAGAGGGCCUUGCCUGGACUUCUUCCCCAUCAGCGGCUCCUUCCAGGCCAACCCUCCCUUCUGCGAGGAGCUGAUGGACGCCAUGGUGACCCACUUCGAGAAACUGCUGGAGGCCUCCGGCGAGCCCUUGUCUUUCAUCGUCUUCAUCCCGGAGUGGCGGGACCCCCCGCCAACAGCCCUGACCCGCAUGGAGCAGAGCCCCUUCAAGCGGCAUCAGCUCGUCCUGCCGGCCUUUGACCACGAGUACCGCAGCGGCUCCCAGCACCUGUGCAAGAAGGAGGAGAUGUACUACAAGGCCGUGCACAACACGACGGUCCUCUUCCUGCAGAACAACGCCGGCUUCUCUAAGUGGGAGCCCAGCCCGGAGCGCCUGCAGGAGCUGCUCUCCGCCUACAAGCACUCGGGACGCACCCAGCCCACCACCCCGGCCGCCCCUCCCGCCCCGGACAAGGACCCGGAGCCGGUCCGGGAGCAGAGCACCAGCCGGGAGCCCACCCCCAACUGAGGGCGGCCAGCGGAGAGGCCGGGAGGGGGGGCCGCAGGAGAGGAGCAGCUGGGGGGCCGGCCGGGAGGGGGGCUGCAGACGCCCCUGGGCUGGGCCCAGCAGAGAGGCGCCUGCUGCCGGGCCGAGCCUCCCCCGGCCGGGCCGGGGGGGCGGGGGGGGGGGGCGGCCCCCCCCCCCCCCCCCGCACAGCAGAAGGGGGGAGAGCAGGCGGGGGUGGGGGGUGCCGGUGCACCGUCGUUCGUGUAAAUACGUGUCCCUGUGGUGGUGACUGCCCUCGUGGCCUCCUCCCCCCCUCCUUCCUCCUCCUCCUCCCUCCUUCCCGAGGGUCCCCGGGGCCUAGGCCCAACCGGGGCCGUUGACUGGCCGUCGCAGAGCCGAGGACUUGGGUGCGCCCGAGCGGCUGGCCUGGGCAGCCCUUUUGGUCGUUGUCUUGUUUCCACCUGAGGCUCCCGGCUUCCUGGGGGGGUUUCGUUCCUGUUCUUUUUUUUUAAAAGGGUUUAAUUUAACUAUGCUAACCGUUUUAUGACUUUUAUGGAUGGAAGAGUAAAGGAAAAAUGUCUAUUUUGGAUUUUGUUUCUAGUUCUUAGGAACAUUAAAACCAGCAUUAUCACCUGC